CGGAGAGGACAAUUUGGACGAUAUCUGCAGAUGAGAUUGGUGAUGUAGCUGGGAGUGAUGUCGAGGAUGGCCCUCUUAAGCAUUUCUAAUUUACAUGGAUCACGUAUCCCUCAUUUUAAAACUUUUGACAUGUUCAAACACAGUCAACAGAACAGAAAACGAAAAAAAGAGUACGGAAACACUGAAGAGUACGGUGCAAAAAUGAAAUCGGCCACAAGGUGGCCAUCGCUAAUACUUCAUUUGGAAGGUACAGCCAGGAAGUGAUGUCAGGUAUAAAUAGGAAGUUCCGGGUGAGAGGUGAGUCUGGAAGAAGUCGAGAGGAGACAUUGCUGGAACUGGCAGCAGAGGAGAGAGAAGAGUCCUACAGAGAUCACAUGACCACCUAAAGGAUGAUGGAGGGGGACAUGACUGAGAGGAUACUGAACCUCACCCUGGAGAUCAUCUACCUGCUGACCGGAGAGAGUUUUCCGCCGGUGAAGUCUGGUGACCGGGUGACCAUCACAGUUCCUCCACCUCCAUCCUUCACAUCUGAGAAAAACAACAACAUGCAGAUUCUUGACAUCAUCAAGAAGAUGAUGGAGCUGCUGACAGGAGAGGUUCCUAUAAGGUGUCAGGAUGUCACUGUCUAUUUCUCCAUGGAGGAGUGGGAGUAUUUAGAAGGACACAAGGAUCUCUACAAGGACGUCAAGAUAGAGAACGAGGAGACGCUUAUAUCGACAGCAGAUGGACACGACGUGUGGAAUACCUCGGAGGAACAUCUUAUGUCCUCCACAGAUGAUUACAGGAUCAUACAGUAUUCUCCAGACGUAAAGCCCACUAUUGAGCAUAUAGAUCACGGACUUUUAUGUGUGGGUAGAUCAGAAUAUCCCUUUAAUCUCAAGGAACUUUUUGUUGAUGCCCCAAAUAUCUAUGAAGACCUUCACAGUAGGUCUACCCCAGAAGAUCCAUGUAAAGCUGAGGAACUUUCUGAGAUACGUAUUGAUAUCGCAAACAUCUAUGAAGACCUUCACAGUAGGUCUACCUCAGAAGAUCCAUGUAAAGCUGAGGAACUUUCUGAGAUACGUAUUGAUAUCCCAAAUGUUUACUCGGGAGUUCACUGUAUGGAUACAUCGGGAGAUUCCUCGAAUCCUGAGGACGUUUCUGAUAAGUUACGUAUUAUUACCCUGAGUAUGUCUCCGGGAGCUUCCAUUGUAGAUUGGACACCAGACCCGAAACCCGAGGAACCUUCUCAUAGUCACUCAGAUACUUUUAUAUACAAAUCUGAAGAGAUAUAUCCGUUGUCUUCGGAUGGGAAACGCCGAACAUCAACUCUUGAAGAGCACCAGAGAACCGACACAGAAGAUCUGCCCUUCUCAUGUCCCGAGUGCGGGAAAUGUUUCGACUCAAAACUGCAUCUUGUCCGCCACAUAAAAGUCCACAGCAGAGCGCGGCCCUUUGUGUGUUUGGAGUGCGGGAAAAGCUUCACGUCGAAAUCGCAUCUUACCAGACACGUCAGUCACCACACGGGAGUGCGACCCUAUUCCUGUUCAGAGUGCGGGAAAUCAUUCAUAGACAAAUGUGUCCUUGUCAAACACCUGAGAUAUCACACGGGCGAAAGGCCGUACGUGUGCACGGAGUGCGGACAGUCCUUUGUGGAGAAAGCCCAUCUGAACAGGCACUCCAAACUUCACACGGGCGAGACCCCUUUUUCGUGUUCGGGGUGCGGGAAAUGUUUCCACCGGAAGGACACCCUCAUUAAACACCAGCGAACCCACAUGAGCAAGAGGGUGUACACGUGUAAGAAGUGCGGGAAAGGUUUUGCACACAGGGGUAUGCUUAUCAUGCACCGGCAAACCCACACGGGUGAGCGCCCAUUUUCUUGCGCGGAGUGCGGAAAGCACUUCAAACAGAAAAUGUCUCUACAGCGGCACUGUAAGCUUCACGUGAAAGAGAGUUCAACGUUUUGUUUGGAGCGCGGGGAAACCUUCAAAACCGAAUCGGAACUUCAAGUACAUCAAAGCGCUCACAUGGGCGAGGAGACCUUAUCGUGUUUGGGGUGCGAGAAACUGUUCAUAAGGAAGUCGGACCUUGUUAGACAUCAGAGAGUUCACUCCGGUGAGAAGCCCUUUUCGUGUUCUGAGUGCGGCAAAUGCUUCACACAGAAAGGAAGCCUUGACGUGCAUAUCAAAGUCCACACAGGGGAGAAGCCGUUUACCUGUUCAGAGUGCGGGAAAUGUUUCAUUCAAAAAGCACACCUUCUUACACACCAGAGAGUUCACACGGGUGAGCUUCCUUUUGCAUGUUCAGAGUGCGGGAAGUGUUUCAGUCAGAAAAGAUAUCUUGUUAGUCAUCAGAGAAGUCACAUCGGAGAGCGCGCUUUCUCAUGUUCACAAUGCGGAAAAUGUUUUACGCGGAAAGAGAGUCUUCUCAGGCACAAGAAGCUUCACAGUGGAUUGCGACCGUAUUCCUGUUCAGAGUGCGGGAAAUGUUUCGCUCAGAAAGGAGACCUUCUUGCACACCAGAGAAGUCACAUGGGCGAGCGUCCCUUCUCAUGUCUAUUGUGCGGGAAAUGUUACAGUCAGAAAAGGCACCUUCUUAGACACCAGACAAGUCACACGGGCGAACGUCCGUUUUCAUGUUUGCAGUGUGGGAAAUGUUUCACACGGAAAGAAGGUCUGAUUAGGCAUGAGAGACUUCAUACAGGUGUGCGUCCAUAUUCAUGCUCAGAGUGCGGGAAAUGUUUUAAUCAAAAAGUACACCUUCUAACACAUCAGAAAACCCACACGGGUCAGCUUCCCUAUUCAUGUUCAGAGUGCGGGAAAUCCUUCAGACUGGAAAAAUGCCUUAAAAAACAUCAGAGGAGUCACACAAGCAAGUUUUCUUGCUCUGAGUGCGGGAAAUCAUUUAUUCAGGAAAGACUGUUUAUUAAACACCAAAGGAGUCACACGGGCGAGCGUCCUUUUUCAUGUUCAGAGUGCGGGAAGUGUUUUAGCCAGGAAAGAUACCUUAUUAAACACCAGAAGAGUCACACAGGCGAGCAUCCCUUUGCCUGUUCGGAGUGCGGGAAAAGUUUUACCCGGAAAGAUAGCUUGAUUAGGCAUGAGAAAAUUCACAGCGGAGAUCGUCCGCAUUCCUGUUCGGAGUGUGGGAAAUGUUUCAGUCAAAAACAGGACCUCCUUUCGCAUCAGAGGAUCCACAUGGGAGAGCGUCCCUUCGCCUGUCCUUUGUGCGGGAAAUGUUACAGUCAGAAGAGACACCUUCAGAGGCACCAAAGUAGUCACACGGGCAUGCUUCGUUUUACGUGCUCGCAGUGCGGGAAAUGCUUUACAAGGAAAGAGGGUCUCGUAAGGCAUGGUAGACUUCACACGGGAGUGAGACCCUAUUCCUGUUCAGAGUGCGGGAAAUGUUUCUUUCAGAAAGUGCACCUUCUAAGGCACCAGAGGACUCACACGAACAAGCCUCUUUUUUCAUGCUUGGAGUGUGGGAAAUCGUUCAAGACGAAAUCUGACUUUGUUCUACACCAGUUUGAGCACAGCGUCUGAGAGUGUUGGGUCUACCUUGCGAUAUGACGUUGCCUUCAAGCUCAAAGACAUUAUGGGAUUGGACCUCGCUAAUGUUGGGUUCUGGAGACUUUAGUGGCCAGUUGGACAGCAGUUGGCACUUCCGUUGAAGACUUUAGUGGCCAGUUGGACAGCAGUUGGCACUUCCGUUGGAGACAUUAGUGGCCAGUUGGACAGCAGUUGGUACUUCCGUUAGAGACAUUAGUGGCCAGUUGGACUGCAGUUGGUACUUCCGUUGAAGACUUUAGUGGCCAGUUGGACAGCAGUUCGCACUUCCUUUGGAGACUUUAGUGGCCAGUUGGACAGCAGUUGUUACUUCCGUUGGAGAUUUUAGUGGCCAGUUGGACAGCAGUUGGUACUUCCGUUGGAGACAUUAGUGGCCAGUUGGACAGCAGUUGGUACUUCCGUUGAAGACAUUAGUGGCCAGUUGGACAGCAGUUGGUACUUCCGUUGGAGACUUUAGUGGCCAGUUGGACAGCUGUUGGUACUUCAGUUGGAGACAUUAGUGGCCAGUUGGACAGCAGUUGGUACUUCCGUUGGGGACAUUAGUGGCCAGUUGGACAGCAGUUGGUACUUCCGUUGGAGACAUUAGUGGCCAGUUGGACAGCAGUUGGUACUUCCGUUGGGGACAUUAGUGGCCAGUUGGACAGCAGUUGGUACUUCCGUUGGAGACAUUAGUGGCCAGUUGGACAGCAGUUGGUACUUCCGUUGGAGACAUUAGUGGCCAGUUGGACAAUAAUAUGUUAUUUUCUUUAUAAAACCUUCUUUCUCUGUAUAUUGUAUAAUUUUAUAUGUAUGUAUUGCUCAUUA